CUGGCGUUUUGGGGGUACGUCAGCUUCUUCCAGCUGGCACAGGAGCUGCACCCUCAUUGCCUCCGACCUCCAACUCACAUCAAAAAAUGGAUGGACAACUUCCGCAAGGAUUCCAACAAACUGCGUCAGUCUAAGUUUAAGAUUCGCAAGCUCUGACACAUAAUCGGCUACGUAUCAUCCUCAGGACCACAGAACAAUUGUUGCUGCUGAGAUUAUUCAUCAUCCCAAUAGCUUCUACUCAACCUUCGAGGUCAUAUUUUUGAGCAAGGAAUUAGAUCAUUUUUCCUUGAACUAUAGCUAACCAUGAUGUUCAUUAAGAGUGCUGCCAUCUUCGUGAUGGCCGUUGUGCCAGCUGCGGCUUUCGUGCCUGGUGCUUCCUUCGGCAUGCCCAAGACUUCUUUGAAGAUGGGCGAGCCCCAAGCUGUCGACAAAGCCACAGCUUCUUCCGCCGAACAACGUGAAGUCGAUCUCGAUUUGUACCGAAACAUUGGUAUUAUGGCACACAUCGACGCUGGAAAAACGACAACCACUGAACGUAUCCUUUACUACACUGGAAAAUCCUACAAGAUUGGAGAGGUACAUGAGGGAGGCGCCACAAUGGACUGGAUGGAACAAGAGCAAGAACGUGGUAUCACCAUUACUUCUGCCGCCACCACCUGUUCCUGGAGAGACCACAGAAUCAACAUCAUCGACACUCCCGGUCACGUUGAUUUCACUUUGGAGGUCGAACGUUCCUUGCGAGUUCUUGAUGGAGCCGUGGCUGUGUUUGAUGGUGUGGCGGGUGUUGAACCUCAGACUGAAACAGUUUGGCGUCAAGCUGAUAAAUACAAGGUCCCUCGCAUGUGUUUCUUGAACAAGAUGGAUCGCACAGGUGCCAACUUUUACUACUGUGUCGACACUAUUGUUGAUUUGCUGGCUGCCACUCCUAUGGUCCUUCAAUUGCCAAUUGGAACCGAGGCUGACUUCCUUGGAGUUAUUGACUUGGUCAAAAUGGAGGCUAUUGUAUGGCGUGGGGAGGAUCUUGGAGCAUCUUAUGAUGUCAUCCCACUUGAUGAAUGCAACGACAUUCCGUUGGUUGACGAUGCACUGAAGGCGAAGGCUGCUGAAUACCACGAAAAACUCGUUGAACUUGCUGUUGAGCUAGAUGAAGAUGUUCUCAUGGACUACCUUGAGGGAAACAUGCCUGAUGUCCCAACUUUGAAGAGACUUAUCCGUCAGGGAACUCUCAACCUUGAAUUCGUCCCAGUCUUGACCGGAACAGCCUUCAAGAACAAGGGAGUUCAGCCUCUGCUUGAUGCUGUUGUGGAUUACAUGCCUUCCCCACUUGAAGUCGAGGCCAUCGCUGGUUUGACUGAAGAUGGCGAAGAAACUGUCCGAUUGUCCUCAGACGCCGAGCCCUUGUCUGCUCUUGCCUUCAAGGUUGCCAACGAUCCUUUUGUCGGAUCUUUGACUUUCACUCGAAUCUACUCAGGUGUCAUGGAAGCCGGAACUAGCGUCUACAACUCUGUCAAGGGAAAGAAUGAACGUGUUGGACGUAUGCUUCAAAUGCACGCCAAUGACAGAACAGAGAUCAAGUCAGCUGUUGCCGGUGACAUUGUUGCUUUGCUCGGACUGAAAGAUACAACCACAGGAGAAACUUUGUGCUCCAAAGACGACCCUGUUAUUCUUGAGAAGAUGGACUUCCCAGAACCUGUCAUCAAGGUCGCCGUAGAACCCAAGACCAAGGGGGAUCAACAAAAAAUGUCAGAAGCUCUUGUCCGUCUUGCUGCCGAAGAUCCAUCUUUCCGAUUCUCACGUGACGAAGAAUCUGGCCAGACCAUCAUCGAGGGUAUGGGAGAAUUGCACUUGGAAAUUAUUGUCGACCGUAUGAAGCGUGAAUUCAACGUUGAGGCCAACGUGGGUGCACCACAAGUGUCUUACCGCGAAGCAAUUACAACCGCAUCUGAAAUCGACUACACUCACAAGAAACAGUCUGGAGGAUCAGGUCAGUAUGCUCGUGUCAAGCUCAUCUUUGAGCCAAAGGAUAUGGCUGAAGAAGGAGGUAUGGACUUUGAAUUCGAAUCUGAGAUCAAGGGAGGUUCAGUGCCAAGGGAAUACAUUCCCGGUGUGCAAAAGGGUAUUGAAUCCGUCCUUGGGCAAGGUGUCGUUGCUGGAUACCCCGUGUUGGGGCUCAGGGCCAAGCUUAUUGAUGGUGCUUACCACGAUGUCGAUUCAUCCGUCAUGGCUUUCGAAAUUGCCGGACGUGCUGCCGCUCGCGAGGGUCUCCGCAAGGCCAAGGCCCGUCUCAUGGAACCUCUCAUGCAAGUUGACAUCACAACACCCGAAGAGUACAUGGGAGAUAUCCUCGGAGACAUCAACUCUCGUCGUGGUAUGGUCGGUGACCUUGGCGAACGUGGAAAUAUCAAGACUAUUGCUGCUCAGGUUCCACUUGCAAAUAUGUUCCAAUACGUGUCUACUCUUCGGUCCAUGAGCAAGGGACGUGCUAACUACUCGAUGAAGCUCGCCAACUACGACUUUGUUCCCCCCAAUGUUGAGGAGGAAUUGAAGAAGGGAUUCGUCUUGGCGGAAGAAGAUUAAAUAAAAAUAUUGUAAAACGGUUUUAUCACU